AUGGCUAACAAUAAAGGUUCCCUUCAGUUUGAAGACAAAUGGGAUUUCAUGCGUCCAAUUGUUUUGAAGCUUUUACGUCAGGAAUCUGUUACAAAACAGCAGUGGUUUGAUCUGUUUUCGGAUGUGCAUGCAGUCUGUCUCUGGGAUGAUAAAGGCCCUGCAAAGAUUCAUCAGGCUUUAAAAGAAGAUAUUCUUGAGUUUAUUAAGCAAGCACAGGCACGUGUACUGAGCCAUCAGGAUGAUACAGCAUUGCUAAAAGCAUAUAUUGUUGAAUGGCGAAAAUUCUUUACACAAUGUGAUAUCUUACCAAAACCUUUCUGUCAACUAGAGAUUACUUUAAUGGGUAAACAGGGCAGCAAUAAAAAAUCUAAUAUGGAAGACAGUAUUGUUCGAAAGCUUAUGCUUGAUACAUGGAAUGAGUCAAUCUUUUCAAAUAUAAAAAACAGGCUCCAAGAUAGUGCAAUGAAACUGGUACAUGCUGAAAGAUUAGGAGAAGCUUUUGAUUCUCAGUUGGUGAUUGGAGUACGAGAAUCUUAUGUUAACCUUUGUUCUAAUCCUGAGGAUAAGCUUCAAAUUUACAGGGACAAUUUUGAGAAGGCAUACUUGGAUUCAACAGAGAGAUUUUAUAGAACACAGGCACCAUCGUAUUUACAACAAAAUGGUGUACAGAAUUAUAUGAAAUAUGCAGAUGCUAAAUUAAAAGAAGAAGAAAAACGAGCACUGCGUUAUUUAGAAACAAGACGAGAAUGUAAUUCUGUUGAAGCACUCAUGGAAUGCUGUGUAAAUGCCCUGGUGACAUCAUUUAAAGAGACUAUCUUAGCGGAAUGCCAAGGCAUGAUCAAGCGAAAUGAAACUGAAAAAUUACAUUUGAUGUUUUCCUUGAUGGACAAAGUUCCAAAUGGGAUAGAGCCCAUGUUGAAAGACUUAGAGGAGCAUAUCAUUAGUGCUGGCCUGGCAGACAUGGUAGCAGCUGCUGAAACGAUUACUACUGACUCUGAAAAAUAUGUUGAGCAGCUACUUACACUAUUUAAUAGGUUUAGUAAACUUGUCAAAGAAGCUUUUCAAGAUGAUCCACGGUUUCUCACUGCACGAGAUAAGGCAUAUAAAGCAGUUGUUAAUGAUGCUACUAUAUUUAAACUUGAAUUACCUUUGAAGCAGAAAGGGGUGGGAUUAAAAACUCAGCCUGAAUCAAAAUGCCCUGAACUGCUUGCAAAUUACUGUGACAUGUUGCUGAGAAAAACACCAUUAAGCAAAAAACUAACCUCUGAAGAGAUUGAAGCAAAGCUUAAAGAAGUGCUCUUGGUACUUAAGUAUGUGCAAAACAAAGAUGUUUUUAUGAGGUAUCACAAAGCUCAUUUGACACGACGUCUUAUAUUAGACAUCUCUGCUGAUAGUGAAAUUGAAGAAAAUAUGGUAGAGUGGCUAAGAGAAGUUGGUAUGCCAGCAGAUUAUGUAAACAAGCUUGCUAGAAUGUUUCAGGACAUAAAAGUAUCUGAAGAUUUGAACCAAGCUUUUAAGGAAAUGCACAAAAAUAAUAAAUUGGCUUUACCAGCUGAUUCAGUUAAUAUAAAAAUUCUGAAUGCUGGUGCCUGGUCAAGAAGCUCAGAAAAAGUUUUUGUCUCACUUCCUACUGAACUGGAGGAUUUGAUACCUGAAGUAGAAGAAUUCUACAAAAAAAAUCAUAGUGGUAGAAAAUUACAUUGGCAUCAUCUCAUGUCAAAUGGAAUUAUAACUUUUAAGAAUGAAGUAGGUCAAUAUGAUUUGGAGGUAACCACGUUUCAGCUGGCUGUGUUGUUUGCAUGGAACCAAAGACCCAGAGAGAAAAUCAGCUUUGAAAAUCUAAAACUUGCAACCGAACUCCCUGAUGCUGAGCUUAGAAGGACUUUAUGGUCCUUAGUAGCUUUCCCAAAGCUCAAACGGCAAGUUUUAUUAUAUGAACCUCAAGUCAACUCACCCAAAGACUUCACAGAAGGUACUCUCUUCUCAGUGAACCAGGAGUUCAGUUUAAUAAAAAAUGCAAAAGUUCAAAAAAGAGGUAAAAUCAACUUGAUUGGACGCUUGCAGCUCACUACAGAAAGGAUGAGAGAAGAAGAAAAUGAAGGAAUAGUUCAACUAAGAAUACUAAGAACCCAGGAAGCUAUCAUACAGAUAAUGAAAAUGAGAAAGAAGAUCAGCAAUGCUCAGCUGCAGACUGAAUUAGUAGAAAUUUUGAAAAACAUGUUUUUGCCACAAAAGAAAAUGAUAAAAGAGCAAAUAGAAUGGCUAAUAGAGCACAAGUACAUCAGAAGAGAUGAAUCCGACAUCAACACUUUCAUAUACAUGGCUUAAUUGCGGGUAUCACAGACAAUAUGAGGAACCCAAAUUCUGGAGUGCUUGGGCAGAAUGGUGUAACAGUUUGUGCUGGAGAACGCUCUUUUUGGACUUUGAUUACAUAAAUAUUAAAAAUCUCUGCCUUACCUUACAAAACAA